UUGUUCGUGAAAUGGAGUGUAUGGACGAAGACCAAUAUUUCAACUAUUUCCGGAUGCCAUUCGAGACAUUUAACAAGUUGCUAGCAAUUGUGGAACCACACAUCACCAAAGAAACAGUUAUUCGUAUACCGAUUCCUGCACGUACUCGAUUACAAGUGAUCUUGCGAUAUCUCGCCUCCGGAGAUAGCAUGACCUCCAUAUCUUACAGUUUUCGCAUUGCGCAUAAUACGAUCUCAAAAAUUAUCGCUGACACUUGUAUUGCAAUUUGGAAUUGUCUUAAAGACGAAGUCUUCCUUGAACCAACUACAGCUAAUUGGGAGCAUAUUUCUGCAGAAUAUGAAAGUAUUUGCCAAUUCAAUCACUGUAUUGGAGCUCCGGAUGGAAAGCAUGUUGUCAUUCAGGCACCACCAAAUAGUGGAUCUAGAACGUCUACUUGCCAUAUUUGUUUUACAAUAUUAACGUUAACAAAUCACCUCCUCCCAUUGCAUUGGACACUUCCAACCAAAGUGCGUUAACUUUUAGCUGCGUCCUCUCGUGUAAAGGCAACUUAUGAUUCCAGAGAGCUGGUCUUUGAAACACCAUCUCAAUUAAAAUUUCGUCUAUAUCAUCACACACAGACUGUGAUUGCUCAUUACCUCCAGGGGGAAUUACGGUUGCAUUAGAGGGAUCUUCAUUUUCAUUACUUCUC